UUGUUCACGCAUCGCCGCUAUUCCGACACACGAUCGGUAUGGGAUGUCUUAGUAGCUAUAAAGUUAUGUUCUAGUGCUGUCGUGCAGAAUAGGGAAAUAUGGAAGACCAGAACGUUCUUAUAAACGGAGGACUGAGAAAUGCCGAGGUGAAAACAUACCACACACUGCCGCUAGUCCGAUAUACGACCGGUUUGAGAUGUUUAGCGCUGCUGGACUUGGUCACCGUGGUUGUUCUUUGGCUAGCAGGUGGAGAAAGCAGCUACCUGAAGGAAAGCAUCCUCCGUUACAACUUUCUCACUUCCGUUUUCGAUGUCGCUGCCAUAUCAACCAUCAAAACCAUCGCCAUUUUUAUAAUUCUUGAGAAGCUCGAAACGAUUUCAAUGGUCUUAUUAGAGCAACCAUUUUGUUUUGAAAAAGCCAAUAAAAAGUUUGCCUACCAUAUAUUUCUCUUACUGCUUUGUUUGGUACCAUUCAUGUUUUUCGUCAUAAAAGGGGCAUUUGUGUUACACAAUUAUCUGAACAGUGCAGUGACAAUGCAUUUGCAGUACAAUAUAUCUUUAGUCUCUGCGGUAACCUUUGCUGCUUUGGAAUUACUACUUGCAAUGGGGAGUCACCACUUUAUGAAGAGACUACAACUGCUGAGAAUCCGACAUGUUGUUAGUUACGAAGGGCCUCAAAGUCGACAAAAAAAGACGGCAAACUUUAUACGAUUUGUUCUUCUGCUCAAGGAUGAAUGGCUGCUGUUGGUGGUCGCCACGAUCUUCGACACAUUUGCAAAUAUUCUCGGUCCGCAGCAACCUAAGUAUACAGGCAGGGCGGUGGAUGAUGCCUUAGAAUCAUUAGACAAAUUCAAGACAACGAUGCUGACCCUCGGUGGAAUCUGCCUCGCUCAUUUUGUGAGCAGUGGUAUCAAAUCCCUCUGUUUCCAUCUCGCUUCCCAGAAACUCAUGGCAAGAUGGCGGACGGUGGCCUUCCAGAAACUCAUGAAGCAGGGAAUGGAGUUCUACUAUGAAAAUCUGUCGGGGGAGUUCGCCAGCAGAUUGUCUGGAGAUAUCGCCAGAAUAUACAAAGUCAUCAAUGACGGUGAUGUCAUCCAAUUUUUCGUUGGCUUAGUUCAAAUUGGAUUAGUUCUAUAUAACAUGUUUGCCAUCAACCCAAAGAUGACUGGAUUAUUCCUCGCAUCUAGCCCGUUAUGGAUCACCAAUAUCGCUCUCUACGGAAAAUGGCAAAAGAAACUUUGGCACAGUUUUCAGGCGAAAUUGGCCAGAGCAGUAGCGACAGCGGAGGUGUAUAUCAAUGCAGUCUGGACAGUGAAAUGCUUGGGAGAGGAGCGCCAGUCGAUAGACGAGUACAGCGAGGAUAUACGCCAGAGUUAUCUGGUGGGGAGGAAGUUGGCAGUGGUUAAAGGUCUGUGUGUCAGCCUGAAUUAUGGUGUCGGAUACUUGACGGAGAUGGUUGUGUUGCUUUACGGCGGUCUUCUACUCAAUGCAGGGAACAUAUCCCCCGGGGACUUCACUUCGAUGAUAAUGUAUGUGCACAACAUCUCUUCCGUGAUGAACAACCAACAAGUUAGUUAUGGAUCAGUUAUGGAGGCGUACGGUGCAUCGCUGCGAUUGAUAGAAAUAAUCGAUUUGAAGGUCGAGGACAGCGACGAAAGCAGUAUCCAAUCAGAAAUGUCGUUCGAGGAAAUAUCAUUCCAGGCUGUCCGCUAUUCAUACUGCGCGAGACCGGGGAGAGGUGUCUUAAAUGGAGUCUCCUUUACUCUUCGAAAGGGGGAGGUGGUAGCUAUGGUCGGUCCCUCUGGCGGCGGGAAAUCAACCAUUGCGAGUUUGAUGCCGAGGCUGUGUUCCUCGGACAUUGGUAAAAUAACGAUAGAUAACAUCGACAUCAACACCAUCGACUCAGGAUACCUAAGGCGUCACGUGACGCUUGUUGACCAAUCGUCCAUGUUGUCCGGUGGAACGAUCAGGGAGAACAUGACCCGGAUGGAGAAUGUCUCGAUGGCAGAGAUCGAGCAGGCCUCUCAUUGCGCGCAGGCGCAUGAUUUCAUCAAUUCCUUCCAAGAUGGCUACGAUACGUUUGUUGGUGAAAGAGGGAUGCUUCUCUCUGGCGGGGAGAAACAGAGAAUUGCCAUAGCCAGGGCCCUGCUGACAAGGCCGAAAGUUCUCAUCCUGGACGAAGCGACGAGUUAUUUAGACGUGGCGAUGGAAGACAGUAUUCUGAUUGCGGUUGGUCAAGCAGUAACUGCCAGAGGUGGCAUCGUCAUCUUCAUGUCAAGUAAAUCAGCCGUGGUCAACACUGCAAACCGGGUGAUACUGGUUAACGGUGGGAAAACGAGAGAACUGGACGGUGAAGAGAUCGGACGACAGAAAGAAUCGGCUCGACAAACACUAGCAUGUUCUGAUAGUUUAUCAGAAAGGUGAUAUAUGUUCGACUUGACGAUUCCUGAAGAACUGCCAGGGGUUAAAGUUCGCUGCUCCGUCUUGGUGUGUAGGGCCGGAGAAGCGAUGGACGAUGAUGGAGUAUCAACUCAGGGAUGUCAGAAAGGAGCCUUUUGAAAUAUUCAUUCUUCUGGGCGUAUUGGUAUACACCCCUAUAUCGUCUUGACCCUCAAUGGUUUGACAUUGCUCAGCUUCCAGACAACGCGCGUCGCGCCGGAGGCUAUGGAGGCAAUACCGCUGGAAGUUUAGUAUGGCAUGGGCAAUGAUAAGAGUGCGAUGGAAAUGAUUAUCAGACAAUAAAUAUUUCAUCCAGGUCAGGCUUUUUUACUCUUUCGUCAAAUACAAAUAUCAAGCGGUGGAGUAUAUGUACAGGUGUCAGGAUGAUUAGAUUUGUGACCUCAUUACAAAUGCUGUACACUGGUCGUGUACACCUCUGAUAUAAUGGAAUUAUGAAUGCCGUGUAGUG